UACGUUUAAUUCAUAUUUAUAGGCUAAUAUUGAUGGAUAUUACUGUUAAUUAGAAAUCUACUCCUAUGGGUUAUAUGACUUAUUCUCAGCCAGCUGUUGGAUUAGUGUAAAGGACAAGCAGACAGCUGAUAUCUCCAGAGAUGUUCUCACAGACUCAGUGGCGCCAGGUUUUCACACAAUCACAGGAUAUGUAAAGGCUUCAAUAACGACCCAUUAGCUCUAAUGACUGCGAGUCGAGCAGGCGUUAACACAGAUACAUGCAUAUGCUAAUACGGACUGGUGUCGGGGGGUAUAUAUAUAUAUACACACUGAGGUUUCCCACUCUAAGUCGUCGCAACACUCUUGGGACUGGAUACACGUGGACUACCUCGAGCUGAAACAUGGUGAAAAACUUUUCCGUGGACUGGCUUGCCCAGAGCUAUCAUGACUACAAACAGGAUCAAGAACCAGUGGAGACUUCUCAGGCUCUUGUAAAGCGACAUGUGCCAUGUCUGGUCCAACCGCGGCCUCCGACUUCUUACGACAAGGUUUACAUUCAGCCCAAAUUGAAAUGUAGCCGCAUUGAGGAGAACACAAGCGCAGAGGAACAGAAGGAGAAGGAAGGCAUUGUGUUUAAGCACUCAGCUCAGAGAAGCUGCACCUCACCAAGCUCUUCAGAGAACAGCGGUUACUCUUCAGGUUAUGAAAGCGAGGCCGCUGCCUCAGAGUGUCCCUCCAUUGAAGACGGAAGUGAGGGGGAGAGAGAUGGAGGCGUCCAGCGCAGAGUCAGAACCAAAUUCACUCCAGAGCAAAUUGAGAAGUUGGAGAAAAUCUUCAGCAAACACAAAUACCUGGAUGCGAAUGAGAGGGUUAAAACCGCACUGAAACUCAACCUAUCAGAAACUCAGGUUCGGACUUGGUUUCAGAAUCGCAGGAUGAAACUGAAGCGUGAGGUUCAGGAGUUGAGGGCUGAAUACACGUUUCCCAUCGUGCCCCACGUCCUCUUCUCAGCUGUUCCUUCGCUUCCCUUCCACUUCGGCGGACAGCGCAUGACUUUCCCCACAGCUCCUCACGGGCCGAACCCGCACGUGAUCCCAGCCCUCCCUGUUCAUCACCGCGCCAUCCCGCACCAGCAGAUCAUUCCUCAGCACAGCCACCACAUGAUCCCCAUGCGUCAUUACUACUAGUCUUUACAAAAUGACCGAGAAUAUGUGGACACUAAUAUUUUUUUUUUUACGUUGACAUGUGCAAUAUACAUGAUGUACAGUGGUGUAUAGAGAAUUAUUAAGAAAUUGUGUAAAGAAUUUUAUGGGAAAAGUUUAUUUAU